GAAGCGGCGCGCCCCUUUGUUACUGCCGCUGCCGUCCACGCCGCGGCGGUCUCCCUCCUCCUCCUCCCAGUCAGUCAGUCAGUCAGUCCCCAGCUUCCUCCCCCAAAUCUACCCCGCCCCACUCCCACCUCGCCUCCCUAGCCUUCAUCAUUCCUUGCCUCCUCGCCCGACCCCUCCCUCCCCUUCACGAGAUUUCCCAUCCCCGUCCCCGCCUCUCUUCCAUGCCGCGCUAGCGAGCCAGCACCCCACGCGCGAGAUCCAGCGCCGCCCCCCAGGUGCUCGGCGGAAUGUCCCACCGUCCGCCGGCGCCAAUGCCGGACACGCUCUCCGACGCCUUCGCCGCCGCUGUCCUCCUCUCCUCCACCGACAAACCCGACACUCUCCCGCCAGGCAGGCUCUCCCCCGUCUCCCCGCUCCCGCACUCCUCCAAGCACCCCACCCCGAGCUCCUCCUCGGGCUCCUCCGGCUCCGUCUCCAGGGUCCCCCUCGCGCCCGCCUCGGGGCUCGCCUCGCGGAGGAGCCACUCCGGCGAGAUCCCGCUCCCUUCGGACGCCCUUCCCCGCGGGCCGCGCCCGGGCCACCGCCGCACCGGCUCGGGGCCCCUCAUCUUCACCUCCGGCACCAGCGCCUGCUCCAGCUCCGCCACGUCGCCGCUCACCAACGCGCUCCCGGCCGGGAACAUCUGCCCCUCCGGCCGCCUCGCCAAGCCGCUGCCCUCGUCCUGCUCCGCGUCCAUCCCGCCGCCCCCGCCCCCGCCUCGCGCCACCCGGCACGACGUGCUCGGCUCGGGCACCGCUAACUACGGCCACGGUAGCAUCGUGCGCUCGCGCAGCGGGGGCACCGCCGCGCCCUCCACCGAGGAGGACGCGAUGGUCAGGCGGGCCAUGUCGGCCGCCGACCCGGAGGAGGUCAAGAGGGCGGGGAACGAGCAGUACAAGAAGGGCUGCUUUGAGGAGGCGUUGAGGCUGUACGACCGCGCGCUCGCUAUGUGCCCGGACAAUGCCGCGUGCCGGGGCAACCGCGCCGCCGCGCUCAUUGGGCUCCGCCGCCUGGGUGAGGCCGUCAAGGAGUGCGAAGAGGCUCUGCGGAUUGAUCCGUUGUACGGCCGCGCGCACCACCGCCUCGCGUCCCUGCAUAUAAGGCUAGGACACAUCGAGGAUGCUCUGAAGCACCUUUCCCUGGCGACCCCACAGCCUGACCUCCUAGAGUUGCACAAACUACAAACAGUGGAGAAGCACUUGGGGAGGUGUUUAGAUGCACGAAAGACUGGGGACUGGAAGAGUGUCCUAAGGGAAAGUGAUGCUGCUAUUGCGGCUGGAGCUGACUCCUCUACUCUGCUCUUGGCCGCUAGAGCAGAAGCGCUUCUCAGGCUCAAUCUGCUCGAUGAGGCUGAUAUGGCUAUCUCAAGUGCCUCCAAGUUGGAUUAUUCAUUUUCAUGCUCCUCAGACACCAAAUUCAGUGGAUUCCUUGCUAAUGCGUACCUCUUUUAUGUACAUGCCCAAGUUGACAUGGCACUGGGGAGGUUUGACCAUGCUGUCUCUUCCAUAGAUAAGGCCAGAAUAGUAGAUCCAGGAAACACUGAAGUGGUAACUAUGCAUAACAAAGUGAAAGCUGUGGCUAGAGCACGGUCUCUAGGGAAUGAGCUCUUCAACUCUGGAAAGUUUUCAGAAGCUUGCCUAGCUUAUGGUGAAGGGCUCAAACAACACCCUGUGAAUAAAGUCCUGUACUGCAACAGGGCAGCUUGCAGGUUCAAGCUAGGGCAGUGGGAGAAGUCUGUUGAGGACUGUAAUGAAGCUCUCAAGAUUCAACCCAACUAUACCAAGGCUUUGCUCAGACGUGCGGCUUCCUAUGGCAAGAUGGAGAGAUGGGCAGAAUCUGUGAAGGAUUAUGAAGUUCUCAGAAAGGAACUUCCAGGUGACACGGAGGUUGCUGAGGCCUAUUUCCAUUCACAGGUUGCUCUCAAGUCAUCUCGGGGUGAGGAGGUAUCCAACAUGAAGUUCGGAGGAGAGGUUGAAGCAAUUACAGGAACGGAACAAUUCCAGAUGGCUAUAUCUUUGCCAGGUGUUUCGGUCGUCCAUUUCAUGACACCUUCAAAUCAGCAGUGCUGCAAAAUUUCCCCCUUUGUUAACACACUGUGUACCAGAUACCCAUCUGUUAAUUUCCUCAAGGUCGAUGUAAAUGAGAGCCCUGCUGUUGCACGUGCUGAAAACGUGAGGACCAUCCCAACAUUUAAAAUCUACAAAAAUGGUAUAAGAGUGAAAGAGAUGAUCUGCCCCAGCCAGCAGCUGCUGGAAUAUUCAGUGAGGCAUUAUGGGAUUUAGGCCAUGAAGCCAAUGAUUUGAUGUUUCCUUACGCCUCCAGCUUCCUGGAGCGAGCGCAGGCUUAAGCCGGAGCAGAGCCAGUGAAGUUCAUCUUCAUGAGGGCAAGCAUGAAAAACGAAGAGCAACUUUUCCAUCCUACAACCCUUACAUUUCCACCCUUUUCUCCAUUUGUUGAUUACCUACUCAAUUUAUUCUUUCCAUCUGUCUCGUGCAUACAUCAUUGUUGCAAAAUUCCUUUAGAACAAAAACAUCUCCUGAUUCAUGUGAAGAACGACUGUAAAUUUUUUACUUCCAUGUUUACCAGAAAACCAAGGAAAGAAAGGUAUAGAUUGCAUUUGUACUCUCUAAAUCCAGCUACCAUGCAACAUGGAAGUAUAGAACCCCCUUUGUC